UUUGUAAUUAUUUGUGGCACCCAGGGUGACCAGAUGUCCUCACUCCAAAGGAGGGCAAGGCAUCACAAUGUAGGAUAGUCAAGAAAAAUAUAGGAUGUGACCCAGUAAAAGCUAAAAGCAUGAUAAAUUCAUGCUUUUUUGCCAUGCUAAAGAUAAAGCACAUUUUGAAAUUCCUCCUGGACAGAAGCUUGAAAUGUAGGACACAUCCUGGAAAACGAGGGCCCCUGGUCACCUUGUGUGGCAGCAGAGUUCCCUGACAGAGAAGGCUAAAGAGCUUGCAAAAUUACAAACCCCAGAUUUCCAUAGCAUUGAGCCAUAGCAGCUAAAGUGGUGUCAAACUACAUUAUUUCUCUAGUGCAGAUGCAGCCCUAGGUACACUGCAUCUGAAUAUGGAAGCUCCAUUUAGCCAUCAUUUCUAGCAGCUCUUGUUAAAGCAGUUCUUUGUGAAUGUGCCAAAUUGCCUUCUCUCUGAGGCACUGCUUGGUCGUCGUAUCCUGUGAAAAGGAAUGGCAUGUAAUUUAUGGCAUAAUUCAGCUUGAAAGCGUCUUCUUCACAGAAGAAAUUGAAGCCCUGUCUGCUAUAUAUGGUGAUGAAUGGUGUGCUAUUGAUGAAGAUGAGAAAAUUUUCUGCAUUCGAGUUAGUGAAUGCUUGGAAGAGCCAAAGUGGACUCUCUGUCUACAGGUGAUCCUGCCACCUGAAUAUCCAACAGCUGCUCCACCUAUUUAUCAGCUUAAUGCUCCUUGGCUUCAGGGACAGGAGUAUGCAGAACUAGCAAAUAAUCUUGAAGAAAUCUAUAUACAGAAUCUUGGUGAAAGUAUCCUUUAUUUAUGGGUGGAGAAGAUACGGGAGUUUCUGAUAGAAAAAUCACAGUCUUGUGAUUCAGCAGGGCCAGAGGUCAAAAAAAGUAUGGAAGAAAUUGAUGUGGAGCAUGAAGAAUCUCUGCUGGAUUACCUGCCCUUACAAGAGUGCACCACGUUAACAGUGAAUUUUGAUCUGUCUGAAAGGCAAGAAGGUGAAGAGUUACCUCCAAUUUAUCAUGGAAAUCCAAUUACAGACAGAAGAAGCACUUUCCAGGGGCAUUUAGCACCAGUAGUGAGCCCAAAACAGGUGAAAAAUGUACUUGCUGAGCUGUACAAGAAUAAAAAAAUAGCCAAUGCUACUCACAACAUAUAUGCAUAUAGGAUAUAUUGUGAAGACAAGCAGACUUUCUUACAGGAUUGUGAAGAUGAUGGUGAGACAGCUGCAGGUGGUCGUCUUCUCCAUCUCAUGCAGAUUUUGGAUGUCCAUAAUGUUUUGGUUGUGGUGUCCCGCUGGUAUGGUGGUAUCCUGCUUGGACCAGAUCGUUUUAAACACAUCAACAAUUGUGCCAGGAAUAUACUUGUGGAAAAGAACUACACUAAUUCAGCUGAAAAUUUAUCAAAGCACUCGGGGAAGAACAGAAGAGUAAGAAAAGACAAGAAGAAAACAGAACAUUAAUUCAUUUCAGAAAAUUGCACAGCCAUCUUUUGUCUAUGUGUAUGCAAUCACUCACUUGCUGAAAGAAACUUUUGAAACUGUAAAUGUUUCAUUGUAAAGACAUGGACACACUUUUCAGUAACAACGAAUUCUUCCUAGAAAGAAAAUUCAACAGUAGAAUCCCUUUUACUUUUUACAGUGUUUCAGCUAAUGAGGAUGAAAUGAGUUCUUAUGUAUAUUCAAUUAUUUAAUUGGUGUUUUUUUUAAAAAAAAAUUAAAUGAGGAAAAACAUAAUUUUAUUAUUGUCUGGGAGAGUUUUUCAUAACAAAUAGCAGUAGGAAUCCAUUGCAUCAAGGAGGAUUCUUGAAUGUCCUUGAAACUACACCUUGAAGUUUUGGUUUGUACUGCAGUUUUGGUUUCCAGUUCUCUUUGUUAGUAGUAUUCUGUGCUAUUGUCUGGCUCUUCUAGGGGAUGUUGAUCUUAAGCAAUACAUAAUUUUCCUCUGCUGAAAACUAUGGGAUGUAAAAGUGCUUAAUGCUGGGUGACUCAUAUUUUCAAAUCUAUUGUUUACAUGAAAGAGACAAAUAUGAUUGUCUUUGAACUCUGGUGAAUCUAACUCAGUUUCACCCUUCACCUUAGCAGUUUGAAGCUGCUGCCAACACAAGUAACACUUUAGUAAAGGACUUUUGGAUGGAGGAGCCCCAUGACCAAAAGAUAAGGUUGGAAAGUAAAGUUUUCAAAACUGAUUGCCUUAAUUA